AAUCCGUUCGGUGCUGUCAAUUGGCCUAAGGCUCACCCUGCUGCGCGUGUUGGCAGUUGCUUUGCUUGUGGCAGUUUCGGCCAUUUCAGGAAUCAGUGCCCCGUCCUUCAGGCGCAGUUUUCAGCUAGCCAACCUGGGAAACGUACUUGAUGGACUGGGAUGUUGGUGCACUCGUCGAGGACACAGAUAAGUUAAGGAACUUUGUUGAAGUUGAUUUUGACUUUUUUGAAUAUGAACAGGGUCGUAGUUCUACUAUCGUUGUAGCCGGUAGGCUUAAAUCCCAUAUUCAGUUUUGGCGUUCUAUAGGUGCCAGUCAAUUUAUUCUAGAUGUUAUCGAGCAUGGUUAUCGUAUUCCUUUCCACUCUACACCCCCUGUUAGUUUUUGUAGUAAUAAUAAGUCAGCUUUGGCGCAUUCUUAUUUUGUUAACGAAGCUAUUUCCGAAUUGUUGGUUACCAAUCGUAUUUUUGAAUCGGAGGUCCUGCCCCGUAACGUCAACCCUCUUUCCGUUUCUAUUCAGUCAUCUGGGAAAAAGAGGUUGAUCUUGGAUCUUAGGUUUGUAAAUAAGCAUGUCUGGAAGCAAAAGGUCAAGUUUGAGGAUCUUAAGGUUGCUCUGAAUUAUUUUGACAAGGGUCAUUUCAUGUUUUCAUUUGACAUUUAUUUAGAGCGGUUAUCAUCAUGUGCUUAUUUUCCCACCCCACCAGACAUUUUUGGGUUUUUCCUGGUUUUAUCAGGGUAAGGUCCAUUAUUUUUGUUUUAGGGUCCUGCCCUUCGGCCUCUGUUCAGCCCCUUUUGUUUUCACAAAAAUUUUUAGGCCUCUCGUUGCCUACUGGAGGCGGGAUAGUAUUCACAUUGUUGUUUACCUUGAUGAUGGUUUAGGGGAGGGGCCUUCAUAUCAGGUUGCUUUAGCCCAUUCCACCAGGGUUAAGGCUGAUUUGGUUCGUUCUGGCUUUGUACCCAACUUCGAGAAAUCUGUUUGGGUUCCUACAUCAGUCCUUGAUUGGUUGCGUUUCACCAUUGAUCUUUUUCAGGGUUUGCUUUUUGUUCCGGGGAUAAAGCUCAAGCGG